GUAGUGCCUGCCGUGCUCACAAUCUUCGGCACUCUUGAGCCGAUACCCGUCAGUACGUUGGAUAUAGACAUUUAUUGCUCAGUCGUCUGGUACGACAGUAUAACUGAUUAUUUUAUAUCCUUAUUGGAAAGUUUUAAGGAAGAAUUAGACGUCAGAUACCAAUUUUAAUUAUUUUUCAGGCCUCUAGACAAUGCUCAAAGAAUACAUGUACACAUCUUCACAUACCUUCUAAAGGGCUUUCUCGACAUCAAAAAUGGAGUCACAGGAGAAAAAUCAUCGUUCUGUACCUCAAGAUCUAGACUGGGAGCGCUUUGGCUUGGACGGGAGUCGCAAUACAACACGCAGACACAGCUCUAGCCGUGAUGAAACCCGAGGAGGCAAUGAGCCUGAGUACCACUAUGGUCACCAACCAUCUGAUGCUUCAGAAAUUUUUGCCCAGGAACAUGCAGGACAGCCAUGGUGGAAAUCUAACUUUUUUAUAUCACAACCUGUCCUCUUUGGUACUUGGGAUGGCGUUUUCACUUCAUGUUUAAUUAACAUCUUCGGUGUGAUUGUGUUUCUACGAUCAGGCUGGAUUGUAGCCCAAGCAGGAAUAGUAAAUGCUGUUCUUAUGGUAUUGUCUACAGUUUUGGUUGUUUUAACAUCAGUGAUGUCAGCUGUAGGAAUCUGCGAAAGAUGUAGGAUGGAGAGUGGCGGUGUCUAUUUUCUUUUAGCACAUGUCUUAGGGUCCCGUUUUGGAGGAGCCAUUGGUCUUCUCUAUGUUUUUGGACAGGCUGUUGGCUGUGCCCUGUAUGUUUUGGGCUUUGGAGAAUCGUUGGCUGAACUCUUAGGCCUUGAGACUGGACCUGAGAAAUCUCCUUGGUCAGAACGAGGAUUAGCAGGAGCAGCUGUUAUUUUGCUUGGUGCAAUAAAUGUAGCUGGUGUGAAAUGGGUGGUAAAACUUCAAUUCAUACUUCUACUUAUCCUUUUGCUUGCUGGGCUGGAUUUUGCUGUUGGCAGCUUUGUACAUACUGAUCAUUUAAGUGGAUUUGAUGGAUGGAUGUCAGGAAACUUAGCUAAUAAUACCUAUCCGGAUUAUUUUGGUGGUUACAGUUGGUUCACUGUGUUUGGAGUGUUUUUCCCUACUGUGACUGGUAUAAUGGCUGGUAUUAACAUGAGUGGUGAUCUGAGACAACCUAAUGUCAACAUUCCAAAUGGUACUAUUGCUGCUGUAGGAGUGGGGACAUUUUUAUACUUAAUGUUUGUGAUUGUCUUGGCAUCAACAUGCACCAGACAGGCUUUGAAAAACUAUAUGAUUGCUGCCAAAGUAGCUGCUCUACAUUUUCCUCUUCUUGCCGGAUUAUACGUAUCAUCCAUGUCCAGUUGUCUUGCUGCUAUGUAUGGCACUCCAAGGGUGUUACAAUCCAUAGCUAAUGAGAAUGUUAUUCCUGUCAUACAGUUUUUAGGGCAUGGGAGAGGUCCGAAUAAAGUACCAGUUUAUUCCAUGACUGUGGUUGCAGUGGUUACCAUAACUUUCAUCAUAAUUGGACAAAUAAACACCCUUGGCCCUGUAGUGACAAUGCCUUUUUUGCUCACUUACGCAGCUGUUGACUACUCAUAUUUUGCAUUGGCUCAAACUUUUGACAUGCGGUUGAAACGUGAAGAAAGGUUCAGAUACAGUGAACAAAGUCCCACUUUUGAAUCCCGAGAUGGAUAUGGAGCAGCUGGUCAUGAUUCUCAUACUGACAGCCACUUUCACAGUGAUUUAGAUAAACUGUUUCCUGAAAGAUUGCAUCACAAAAAAGGAACGGGUAGUCAUGCAUCUGACCACAGUGCUGUGUCCUCUCCUGAUGACACAGUUAGUGUAACUGGGAGUGCAGUUACAGCAGUAGAAGUUGGAGUGACCCUACCAAACGAUUCUAAGCAAACCAACAUUCAUUCUAAACCACAGAAUUGGUAUUCAAGUCUCUGCAACCGAUGGGCAUCUCUGUUCGGGGCUGUCCUAAAGAUUGGCAUGAUGUUCCUUGUUCAUUGGGGAUAUGCCUUGAUUAAUAUGGGAGUUCUGUUCCUUGUAUGGUUUUACAUAGGACAAGCAAACCCUGCUGUGAAACCUGGUGUCUCUGCAGAGUUUAAUUUUUUCCGUUGGCUUAAACAGGCGAUUUUACGGGCUUUAGGGAAACGUGUCCAAGAAUAUGAGCACAUUGUUGUUACUCCAGUCUGUCCUGGUGUUGAAGUUCAGUCUGCACAGUUGAAUGAUGACAAUGAAGAUUUUGCUUCCCGGCGUCGUUAUCAUCAGUCCUCAACAGUUCAGGGAAGAUUUGUUGAUGUUGAUGAGGAUUGAUCAUGAUUUAGAAGCUUACAAAAGACAUAUCAGUUUAGUAAGGUGGCUAUCCAUUUAAUGUAUCAUUACAUUACAUCUUAUAUUUCCAACUAAAAAUUCCUUUCAUUAAGUUUUGAUCUUUUGCACUUCUGACUAAAAAUUUAUUCUUGUCUUAAAAUUAAAUUUGUGAAAUGAUCUACAUGUCCUGAACACUAAACCAAACAUAAGAAAGUCUCACAGUUCAAAUUCAUUAAUGUCAUGGGUCAGAGAAACUUAGGAAAACACUUGGGACUCAUCUCAUUUUGUUGACAUCGUAGCUUGUACCAUCUUUCCAGAAUUCCUAUUGUGAUAUUUCUAGAAAAACAGAUUAUUGAACCAGUGCAAAUUAGUCGACAAAGUAUUUCAAAUGAAAUGGACUGACUAGCUGAACACUAGAUGUAAGCUUUCAAACACAUGAUAGGUGAUAUAAAUAGCCCAAAUUUUUCUCUGAUGACAUCACGUAAAAAUUAUUUUAGCAUAAUAAUUUUGCUCCUUUUCAUAUUUUGAGUUGACCGAUCUGUGUUCAUCAGUUUGUUUAAUGUACUCUUCUGUUUUCAUAAAAUUCUGGAAAAAAGUAUCCGUUGUAACAUGUUCUCUUUCUUACUAUAUCUUUGGUGCUUUAAAUUUGUAAGGAAUUUCCAUGCAACGUCUUCUUUAUUUAUUUAUUAACUGUUUUCUGAAAUGACUUAAUUUAUUAAUCUACUAUUUAUGUGCUCCAAUGAUGUUGUAUUUAUUGUAUCUUUUGAAAGCUUUUUCUGUUAUUUUUUUUUUAAUGAGAAUCCCUGGUACAGUAAGUAGAAGUCCAUCUGUGUGCUGAAAGUGAUUACACUGUUAUAAGGUGGAUUUACGAUAGCACCGCAGCAAGCGUAGUUUUGCCUCUAGUGUUAAAACAACGCUCGCAAGGUCCUCUUCCACUCUCUCCUCUCCCUGUUCUGACCAGUGCCAGCGUUAAUUCAGCGCUAGCGUUCAAGAUAUGCUCGCUGCGUUCUGCUCGUAUAUCCCCCUUUGCCCUUCCAAUGUUUUGUUGGGUAUUGUUUGUUUUUGUAAACCUUUUUGUUGUUGUUAAUUGUGAUGAAAUCAAUUUGUCCACACAUUUUUUUUGUGGACCGAUUCCUUUUUCCAGAACUUGUGCUUUUAAUGACUGAGUAAUACCUAAUGAGUAAUUAUUCUAAUUCCGUACCAUUCUUAAAUAAGUUAAUCUAUUUUCGUAAAAUUUUCAAUCGGAUUUUAUUUAAAUGAAUAGUUGGUCUGUAAUAGUGGGUGUGAAGUAAAAUGUUAUUGUAACUUGUGUUUCAUAUUAUAAUGAAUUUGAUCAAGUGUUGUAAAAACACUGGUACUUUGUUGAAUAUUUUUAAAGGUAUUGUCUUUGCUAAUUUAUUUUGUUGUUUACUGCAAUACGUUUUGUUACUACAGAUUUUCAAUGUAGCAUAUUGCUGUGUAGAAUGAAUUUAUGGAGGGAUAGGGACUGAAGCAAUCAUGAGUUGUUGUCUUUGGUUUUCCAUUUCUCUUCUUCAGCAAUACUUCAACUGCAAUAUAUUAAGCUUCCAACCAUGCCUCAUGCUGUGAGAUGAAGUAGUAUUAUGUAUGAUGUGUUGAGUGAUUUUUGCGAUUAGACACUUACAAUUCCUAUUCCUUUCCAUUUUGCUCAUUCAGUUUACUUAAUUUACGUAGGCAGCUUCUUUGAAUGAAACAUAAAGAUGCUUGAAGUUCUGUCUUGUCUUGUAAAAGAUGCAAUAUUGUUGCUUUGUACCUUCCAGUUGGGUCAUAAAGAUUGCAAAUUAUUUUCAUUUUUUUUUGUUUUGUGAUUAUCAUUGUAGAUCCCUCCAUUCAGAGUGUUACAUCAAAGUGCCAUUCUAUGAAUGGAUUGGAAAGUAUUUGUGUAUAGUGGCACAACGAAAUUGCUACUUGCCAAAUUUAAAUAAUUUUAAUUUUUCUGACUAAUAAAAGUCUAUAACAAAAUUA